GUCCGGUUCGUCGGUUUUUCCGGUCAAGACCUAUAAAUGAACACCCCUAUUGCCAACCACUGCCUACCACCAAUUCCGUCAAGGGAUCUUCAAUCUUCUUCAAUUCCGUCGGCUUCACCCGUGGAAUCUUCAAUCACCAGACUCGCCAAUCUUCCACACCCAUCCCAGUGGAAUCUUCCUCGCCAACAAAAACAUCUCAAGGGCAUCAUCAUCCCAGUGGAAUCUUCCGAUCCGUUCAUUCCGUCGUUGUUGCAGCCAUCUCCUCCGCCCUCUCCCCGUCACCGUGUAAUACGCAUUCUCCACCGUCUCCGUCCAGAUACUCUGCCACCAUUGACUCCCGGUCCGGUCGGACGAACUAGUAUGAGUUGUUGAGCAAGUUAGUGGGAGGGACCAUGUGCUGAACCAUCUAAGCAUUCCAGCAGCAUGCUUCACUCAUCCUGAAAUCAGUAUGGUUGGACUGACAGAGGUAUGAUUUCAAAUUUCAAACAUUUGAAACCUAGAUACCAUACAAUCAUACUGUUUGUAGUCUUUUUCCCUAUUGUUUGUUGGUUUUCCCUUUAUUUUAUCAAUGGCUUGACAUUUUGUUUCGUAAAUGGUGUCAUUUCAUUUUUGAGUAAACCCAAAAAAACACCACCAAGAACCCGAAACAAAAUGAAAAAGAGAACAAACACAAAUCAAACAUUACACGUAUAAUAGGCACGUAGACAAUAUAUUACGUAACUUACGCACUUAAGAAUAGAAAAAAUCAAUCAAAGGCCGAGUCGAUUCAUUUCCUUAACCACAAUAUGGAGGAUUGUCAACUCUCCACACGGCCCGGAGUCAUGCAAUUCAAAGGCCCGUUUUGAAAUAUACCUUAGAACCCCAACUCUCUAUUCAAGCAUGAUAACAUACUUCCACUAUAGAAAAAAUUUAUAAAAGAGAGAAUCUAUUAUGCAUUCAACUCUCAUACAUAAUCUAUUCACAAACCGCCAAUACCUUAUGCAUUUUAACAAACUUUUUCUUCUAAUGAUGAGCACAUUUCACAGAUUUCCAUGAACUCCUCAAACCAAUGACGUUUUUUCUAUUCACAUAGAUGAAAACAACAUAUUUUCACUAAAUCAAGAAUUGUUUUUUAGCUUAAACAACCUUAAUUUAAUGAAAAUAACAAACAAACAUAUGAUAAAAUAACAAUCACUCAAUAACGAAUUCUAAGGAGAAUGAAUCAACUUAUGGGGCUAAGAAGUCCAAAAUCCUUAAAAUCAACAAACACAAAGCACAAAAAAGAAUCACAUAUGAAUUCGGAAAUCAUUUGACUACCUUAUGGAGCUAAAAUAGCUUCAACAAAAACCGAAUUCCACAUACCAACCUACUUAUGAAAUUGAAUUAUGUAAUUCAACCAAUUCAACAACAAUUUGCUCAAUAUUUGAAGAAAAACUAGUUUGAAUCAAUUCUCAUUCAUAAGGGAUUUAAUAUAAUCAUUAAAAAACCCAUAAAAGAACACCAACCAUUUUUAGAAUUUUAUGAAAUUCACACAAUAAGGUAAAAAAGUGUAAAUUAGAAUUGAAAAACAACUUUUACAAAGAAAUUGGAGAAGAAAAAGAAAUUGACAAAUAUAGGGUUACCAAUUGUUGAAGAAGAUGAACAAAUUGAAGUAUUGGAGCUUGAAGGAAUCACCACUAGUUGCUCAAGCAGCUGCUGACCACCGCCGCUGUCGUCACCAGCCAGACUCGCCGGUCGCCGCCAUAGCAGCGGCCAAGCCGCUGCUCUCUGAAUUUUUUUCUGUGUGAAUUCCCCUUCAUUGUUCCCCCCUUUCUUGUGUCUUGCGCUGCUCCAAUUUAUAGUCCGAGCCUUUCUUCCCGUUGAGAAUUUCUUUCCAUUGCUGCAUUGAGUGAGGAGC